AAUCUUUGUCCCUGCCGGCUUUGCUUUUCCGCAUCCGCAACAACGCGUGAAGGCCCGGUCCCGGAAGACCUUUCCAUGAUGCCUGGUCCUUGCACAACGUUUGUUUUCGCAUCUUGGCCGACGACCCUGUUCCCUACCACCAGAAAUCCAACGACUGACUCUGUUGCAACUGCCCGCUGCCAGCAAAAUCCCUUCUUCAAAUUACCCCUGAGGUGGUGCGGGUGGACGUGGUGUACCUACUGUAGUGUGGUAAUAGUUCUUUCCUUUAUUUUACCCUCUCCUUUUAGAGUUUCCUUGGCCUUUUACGUUUUUUCUUCCUCAUUAGCCUUUGUCCUUUGUCCUUUAUCCUUUUUCUUUUUCUUUUUAGUUCCUGUAAUCUUAUGGGGUGAGUCGUCCCGAGUCCGACGAAUUAAGAAAUGUGCAUUCAACUUUGUUACUAGGAAGGUAUGCCUAUUUGGCUAUCUAUAUUGCGUUUCUCAUGACUCAACGGAGGCCGCUUGACGCCGGACGCCUGACUCUGCCCCUUACCACUUCAUCCCUACCCGAGAAUCCGAAUACGCCGCUGGUGCUCGGGACAGGAAGCAUAAUUACUUGUAUUUCGAGCAGUUUUUCUGGCAAGGAGCUUGCUGGUGUGUGAGUGUAGAAUGCUU